AUGAGUCUUCAAAUGCUGUUGGUAUUUGGUACCAUGAUUUUCCAAAUGAUUACAUUGCUACUUUUCGUACUCCCACUCCCACUAAUGGUUCGAUCUCAAAUUGUAACCUUGUACACCAAAAUUACCACUGCUCAAAAUUUUCGAAUUUUCCUCAUGUUUAGCAUCACUUUGAUGUCAUUACAAUUUUAUGAUUGUAUUCAACGAUUGGAGAAAUAUCGUAGAGUGCAAGAGAACGAUGUGUUGCAAGGGUUUGUCAAUUACGAUAAAUUGGCAAGCAAAUUUUAUAGUCAACGGAACUUGUACUUGUCGGGAGCAAUUUUGUAUUUGUUGAUGGGUAUUUAUACUGUCGCUUCUAUUGUCAAGAAAUUGGUAUUGAAGGAGAAAUUGUAUAGGGAAUUGAUUGCUGAGAGAGAUGAUGGAUCGAAAACAGGUAAGAGUGAUGAUAGUGAGGAAAUUGUCAAAGUGAAACAUUUGAUUGAAUUGAAACAGAAGGAUAUCAAUGCUUUAAAGAAACAAUUGAAUGGAUUACAAACUGCUUAUGACGGGUUGAACAAAGGUGAAGAAAGAUCCAAAGGUGAUUAA